AUGAACUGGUUUACUAUAUGCAACAUCUGCCUCUUUGUAACAUCUACAGCAUUACUGGCUUUGGCAUACGCGCGUCCAGUUUCUGACGCAGUUUGCACACGUCAGCUUUUCAGCUACUCACCAGCCCUGGAGGCCGUUGAGUACCACGAAGAAGAUUACAAAGGCGUUUUCCACCAACCAUCAAUCUAUCGUGGUAGGCCGACGGACGAGAUCGACGAGCACUGGCGGAAACUUUGGGACUACGGUGGUUUCAAUGUGCCAUACGAUAAGCUCUAUCUUCUCAACCGCAGUACCGAAACGCCAUGGCAGCGCACCCCGGAAGAGUUUGGUGGGGGCGCGACGGCCAUGCUGUGGGGUUUCCAUCAGCUGCAUUGUUUAGAUCUUGUGCGUCAGGGUGUGUACCGUCAUGUAUACGAGGAGAAAGGAAAGGUCAUACCCGCGUUCGAUGGACCGGAGUAUCUCGUGUUGAUGCACAUUGACCAUUGCAUCGAGCUCAUGCGCAUCCACAUGCAGUGCCACAUCGACACCACGCCGUAUCUCGUCAAGAUAGACGACUCUGUGCCGGUUGGUUAUAAAGCAGAGUUUAGCUCCCAUCAUAAGUGUCGGAACUAUGAAAAGGUCCGAAAUUGGGUUAUCGAUCAUACUGCCAUUCCCUGA